AUGGGGGAGACGGCCUCUUAUACCCCAUCUGCGAGCACUCCCGCUCCUCCCCGACGCCGGGGCGACUUCAGAAGCAUGAAGAGCAGAGAGGCAGGUGCAGGAUCCAAUUUUGAAGGAAAGAACCUUGGACAGCGAGACACGCGCUUGUACUGCGGACUCGAUCGGACCUACGGCGUGGGACUUCUACUGCUGUAUCGCGACACUUGCGCUGGCAUCUUGAGUGUUCGGUCAAAAGGCCGGCAAAGUACGAGAGUACUUGCACUUUAUCCCAUCAAGAGAAGAAAGAAGAAGGCGAAGACGGCAGAUUCAGGAUCGAAGGUCCCCAAGACGAUGAAUAUCAAGAGCAGAGAGGCAAGUGCAAGAUCGAAGUCGGAAGGCGAGCAGGUUUCCGAACACCGACAGCGACAGAUGACGCCAUCAAGAUCGAACGACCUGGUCAUCUACCCUCUUCAGGGAGGAAGGACGCUCCCAUAUCGAAACACGUUCAUGUGCGAGCACCUUGAAUAA